GAAGAGAAGCACCACUCUUCUCAAUUCUCAUCACACAAACAAACAAGUAGCUGUAAGCUUUUUAAGUACUGAAAAGGAAAAAAACCAAAGACAAAGACAAAGAAGAAACCAUAAUCAUGUCUUCUCAACUUUGUUGUUGUUCCAUUGCAAUGUGUCUUGCAAUUCUACUUCAACUAUGUUCCUUAGGAGUUUCACUUUCACACCCAAACAAGAUCACACAUUUACCAGGUCAACCACAUGUUGAGUUUCAUCAUUUUUCAGGUUAUGUAAAUGUUAAUGACAAAAACAAAAAAGCACUUUUUUUCUACUUUGUUGAAGCUCAACAAGAUGCAGCUUCAAAACCACUUGUUCUUUGGCUUAAUGGAGGGCCUGGUUGUUCUUCUCUUGGUGUUGGUGCAUUUUCAGAAAACGGUCCUUUUAGGCCUAAAGGAGAUGCCUUGGUUAAGAACCAAUUCAGCUGGAAUACAGAAGCAAAUAUGUUGUAUUUGGAAUCACCAAUUGGAGUAGGCUUUUCAUAUUCAACUGAAACUUCAUCUUAUGAAGGUGUAAAUGACAAGAUUACAGCCAGGGAUAAUCUAAUCUUCUUGCAAAACUGGUUUGUAAAGUUUCCAGAAUACAGAAACAGAAGUUUGUUCAUUGUAGGAGAGAGUUAUGCCGGUCAUUAUGUUCCUCAAUUGGCUGAGCUUAUGCUCCAAUUCAACAAAAAGAAGAAGUUGUUCAAUUUAAAAGGCAUUGCUAUUGGUAAUCCAGUUCUAGAAUAUGCAACAGAUUUUAAUUCAAGAGCUGAGUUCUUUUGGUCGCACGGAUUGAUCUCAGACUUAACAUACAAAAUGUUCACGUCUGUGUGUAACUAUUCAAGAUAUGUAAGAGAAUACUAUAACGGCGCCGUUUCUCCGAUUUGUUCAAGUGUAAUGAGCCAAGUUAGUACAGAAACAAGUAGAUUUGUUGACAAGUAUGAUGUGACACUUGAUGUUUGUAUAUCUUCUGUUUUUUCACAAACCAAAGUCCUCAAUCCUCAGCAAGUGACUGAAAAAAUUGAUGUUUGCGUCGAAGACGAAACAGUCAAAUAUCUUAACAGGAAAGAUGUUCAAUCGGCUUUACAGGCACGUCUAGUUGGCGGCAUAAAAAGAUGGUCUCCUUGCAGCAAUGUUUUGGAUUAUGACUUGCGGGACUUGGAGAUACCGACAAUCACGGUUGUAGGCAAGCUAGUCAAGGCAGGAAUUCCGGUAUUGGUCUACAGUGGUGAUCAAGAUUCAGUUAUCCCAUUGACUGGAAGUAGAACUUUAGUACGUCAAUUGGCGAAAGAAUUGAGAAUCAAUACAACUGUGCCAUACAGGGUGUGGUUUGAAGGACAGCAGGUGGGUGGUUGGACUCAAGUUUAUGGUAACAUACUAUCAUUUGCUACAGUCAGAGGAGCAUCACAUGAAGCACCAUUUUCACAGCCUGAGAGAUCACUUGUGCUAUUCAAGUCAUUCUUAGAAGGAAGACCUCUACCAGAAGAAUUUUGAUUAGUGUUGUGUUGGAAGUGUCUUUGUAAAAUUGUUUGUAUUAGAGACUGAAUUGAAUUUUAAUCUUCUCAUUUACAAGUGUAGAAAAUUUUGUAAAUUUCUUAAGCAAGAAGCAAGAAAAAAAUGUGUUUAUGGAAA